GGAAGUGAUGGGAGCAGGCGGAAGUCCCGGCCCCUGUCCUCCGCGGAAGUCUAGCUCGCUGGCUUGCGUCCCUCGUGGCUGACCGGCGGCAUGGCGCACUACAACUUCAAGAAGAUCACGGUGGUGCCGUCCGCCAAGGAUUUUAUUGACCUGACAUUAUCGAAGACUCAACGGAAGACUCCAACAGUUAUUCAUAAACAUUACCAAAUUCAUCGUAUUAGACAUUUUUACAUGAGAAAAGUCAAAUUUACUCAACAGAAUUAUCAUGACAGACUCUCACAGAUUCUAACGGAUUUCCCCAAAUUGGAUGACAUCCAUCCUUUCUAUGCCGAUUUGAUGAACGUCCUCUACGACAAGGAUCAUUACAAGUUGGCUCUAGGACAAAUCAAUAUUGCCAAAAACUUAGUGGACAAUGUCGCUAAGGAUUACGUGCGGCUCAUGAAGUACGGGGACUCUCUGUACCGCUGCAAGCAGCUGAAGCGAGCCGCCCUGGGCCGCAUGUGCACCAUCGUCAGGAGACAGAAGCAGAGUCUGGAGUACUUGGAACAAGUACGUCAGCAUCUGUCCCGUCUGCCAACAAUUGACCCGAACACGAGGACCCUGCUUCUGUGUGGGUACCCGAAUGUCGGCAAGUCCAGUUUCAUCAAUAAGGUGACAAGAGCAGAUGUGGAUGUGCAGCCUUAUGCGUUUACAACCAAGUCUCUGUUUGUCGGACACAUGGAUUACAAGUAUCUGCGUUGGCAGGUGGUAGAUACCCCAGGGAUUUUGGACCAGCCUCUGGAGGAUCGGAACACCAUCGAAAUGCAGGCCAUCACGGCCCUGGCCCACCUGCGUGCCGCGGUGCUGUACGUCAUGGACCUGUCCGAGCAGUGCGGCCACGGGCUGCAGGCCCAGCUGCAGCUGUUCCAGAGCAUCAGGCCUCUGUUCGUCAACAAGCCUCUCGUAAUCGUGGCAAACAAGUGUGACGUGAAGAGGAUAGCUGAGCUUCCUGAGGACGACCAGAAAAUAUUUAUGGAUUUGCAGGCUGAGGGAUUUCCUGUGGUGGAGACCAGCACCCUGACAGAGGAAGGGGUUAUUAAAGUGAAAACAGAGGCUUGUGACAGGCUUUUGGCUCAUCGAGUUGAAACCAAAAUGAAAGGAAACAAAGUGACUGAGGUGCUGAACAGAUUGCAUUUGGCUGUGCCAAACAAGAGAGAUGAUAAGGAGAGGCCCCCUUUCAUCCCAGAAGGAGUGGUGGCACGCAGGAAGAGAAUGGACACUGGGGAGCCGCAGAGGAAGAGGGAACGAGAUAUUGAGCUGGAGCUGGGAGACGAUUAUACUUUGGAUCUUCAGAAGUACUGGGACAUAAUGAAUUCAUCUGAAAAAUAUGAUAAGAUACCCGAGAUCUGGGAAGGCCAUAAUGUCGCUGAUUACAUUGAUUCUGACAUCAUGCAGAAAUUGGAAGAGUUAGAAAAAGAAGAAGAGCUAAGAACAGCUGCUGGGGAGUAUGACAGUGAUUCUGAAAGCAAUGAUGAAGAAAUGGUGGAAAUCCGACAGCUGGCAAAGGAAAUUAGAGAAAAAAAGAAGUUGAAAAUUCUGCAGUCCAAAGAGAAGGACACACAGGGACCCAGAAUGCCACGAACUGCCAAGAAGGUGCAGCGGAAGGCCCUGGAGAAGGAGAUGCUCAGUCUGGGUGUGGAAAUGGAGGGCAAUGACAACGCCCAUUACGCAGUCCAGGCCAGAAAGUCUCGGAGUGUCACAAGGAAAAGGAAGCGGGAAGACUCUGUCCCGCCCACGUCUGUCGCCCGGAGUCGCAGUGGCUCUCGAACUCCACGUGACGUCUCUGGUCUUCGGGACAUCAAGAUGGUGAAGAAAGCCAAGACUAUGAUGAAGAGUGCGCAGAAGAAGAUGAACCGCCUGGGCAGGAAGGGGGAGGCUGACAGGCACGUGUUUGACAUGAAGCCCAAGCACCUACUCUCUGGGAAGAGGAAAGCUGGUAAAAAGGACAGGAGGUAGUGUCCUUCGCAGCUGAACGCUUUGGCGAGACUGUCGUCUUUUGGUUUCAUAUGGUAUGCUUUCACGAAAUUGGAGUCAGGAGCUAUAAACAGGACAUAACGGAAGUAACUAAAACCUGUUGCUUUUCUGAAAAGUCUGGUUAACCUUCAGCUGUGCUGGUGUGGGAGAUGUUCAUCUCUGUGGAAUGUUACAGGUAUUUGGAGCAAACCGUGGUUUCUGCAUUUAGUACAGUUUUUGUUACGUCAGAUUUGUAGUGCUGGAGAGAAUCAUGAUGUGACUUGUUUUUGAUGGAGAAAAAUCUUACUCUCUUCCACAAGAGGGAACUUGGUUUGCUUUAUUAUAUGUGAAUGGUCCUUUUUUGCAAAGAAAACAAUUCCGCUUGUGGACAUGCGCAGAACGCUGCCAGCCCUGCCCUACAGACACAGGUGUGAGCGCGAGUUUAUGUCAGUACCCCGGCACUAAAUUAUUCUAGUCUUGUGCAAAGUACCAUAGUAAUCUCUCUUUAUUAUCAAAAAUAAAGUACAGUCAUUUCGAUA